AAUUUCUCACCGCCCGCGCGCUUCACUUGACUCUGUCGCAGCUCCUCUCUGACCUCCCCAAACCACCUAAGAGAGCCUACCUAGAGCGGUCUCCAACAUGUCACUCUGGGGCUGCCUGGUCCCCGCGUCCCGCUCCCGCCGGCCGACAUCCCACCUCCCCUCCGCCUAGAGUAGACACACGCGCGUCAUCACCACCACCACUGUCACCACCACCGCCGCCGCAUCCGCCGCCGUCCUCCGCCAUGGCUAGUGCGCGCGACCUGAGCCGCGUGCAGAACCAAGUCUGGCACGGCUCCGUCCCGCUGGAGAUCCGCCUCGCCCCCGCCGAGUGCCGCACCUACACCGAGUCGGACGCGUACCUGAUCCAGGUCCCGCGCCUCUCCUACCUCCCCUUCCUCCUCCCGCGUCUCCACGCCUUCUUCGCGCCCGCGCUGAUCGACCCUUCCAUCCCCCCCAGCGCUGGCUGGUUCUCCGUCGACUCGGUCCCGCUCAAAUGGCACCACCCACUGGGCCUGCUAUACGACCUCUACGCCGGCGCCGAGCCGUACAACACGCUGCCGCCGGCCUCUCCCCCGCCCUCGUCCCCCACCACCAGCAGUAGCACGCAAGAAAACGACACCAGUAACAACAACGACGCCGACGCCGACACCUCCGCCCCACCCCACCCCCUCCCCUGGCGCCUCACCCUCUCCUACGCCCCUCCGCCCCCGUCCCUCCUCCCCCUCGACCCCGCCCUCAAAGCCAUGCACGACGCCUUCGUCAACGCCGUCAAAGAAGCCGACUUCCUGCGCAACGGCUCCGCCAAAGCCGCCAUGAGCCUCAGCAAAGCAGACUCGGACGCGCUGUGGGCGGCCCUGCAAGCCCAUGCGCGCGCGCCCUUCGCCGCCGUAAACGCCCGCCUCGUCAACCCCCCCGGCGUCGUCCUGCGCCAUGUCCCGCUCAAGGUGUACUUGCCUGCCGCGCCUGCGCCGGCGACCGCCGCCGACAGCAGCACGACCGCGGGCGCACAAGCGCAGCCCUCGCCCUCUGCGUCCGUCUCCGCGGCAAACGCGCCCCGCACUCUGCGCGUAGUGCAAGCGCCCAUCCCGCCGCGCCUCGCGCCCCCGACCUCCAGCUCCGGCUCCAGCAAUACGCCCUCCUCCAAACAUGCGCCGAUCCAAACGCUCGGCACGGCGCUCAACGGGCUGCUGCCCUCGCUCUUCCCUUCGCGGCGCAGCGCCCUGCUGGCCCAGCCCGUGCUGCAUGGCGCCGUGGUGCCCAUGGGGGCGCCGCUCGAGGAGCUGGGCCGCGCGGCGGCAUAUGCGGAUGGCUUUUUGCAUAUUGUUGUUGUUAUGAUGGGGUAGACGGACGGACGACUGGUUGUUGCGUUGGAUGGCUUACGGGGAGAAAUGGCAUGGAUUGGGAUUAGUUUUAAAGACGGCGGUGGCGAGCAAUCACCCACUUAAUCAAUCGAUGGUGGUCUAAAGUAGCAAUGAAUAAAUAUAUAAAUAAGCAAUAAUG